AUGAACUUCUCGCCCGCGUACACCCUGGCAGUGUCUGUUCUCUCGAGUACCCUCCCUCCGGAGGAUGGCCUCGGAUUACGUCUGAAUCCUUCUCCAUCUUGGGCCGAAAUGAUACCGUCAUUGAGUUGA